AUGGAGCCACAAACGAAGAGAAAGCGUACGACAUAUCCCUCACACUUCGAGUCUUUCAAUACCUGGUCCAACCAUGACGACCGUCCCAAAUCGAGGUUUUCAAGCAACUUGCCGCCCACUUCGCAAGAAACACUAAGAGCGAGAGCAUCUACCUCCAACGAUACUGAGCUUUAUCGAUCUGGAAGUGGUCUGUUUGAGCACGCCGUCGAUGACGAACUUGAACAAGUUGUAGUGGCAGUGGAUGUGAGAGAUUCGGGUACCGUCGGCUGUUCCUAUUAUUCUGCGCUGGAAGAGAAGCUAUACCUCCUAGGCGAUCUACGCUAUUCCACUAAGGAGAUUAUCGACAGUUAUACUCUCUCCUAUGUGCCCUACCAACUUGAAGUCCGUCCAUCACAAGAAUUCAACUUUUCCAACGCAAAAAACAGAUUGAUUGCCUUGGAUUUAUCCUCAAGACAUGAGCAUCGCAUCAAGUUCUUAGUGCCACACAGUGGUUUGGUUGAUGGUGAACAAAUGGAUGCCGAGAAUCUGGACCUCACUUUGCAGGAAGGCAAGCUUUUGAAUGUGUACGGUUCUGUCGAUAUGGAAAACACAGUGACAAUUGGAUGUGCCGGUGUCAUCCUCGCUUAUUUACAAAGGCGCCGGGCUUCCAUGUCGAUAUCCAACGAAAGAGCCUUGGGAAUCCUCAGAGUAUCGUCUGUGGAAAUGUUCGCUCUAACUGGAACUAUGUUUGUCAACGGCAGAACCUUAUUUUCGCUCCAAAUUAUGGAGUCCGAAUCCCACCCCAGUAUGGUGAAUCAUGGCCCAGGAAGGAAAUCUACUUCAUCAAAAGAAGGGCUAUCGGUUUAUGGCCUGUUCCAGCGCUUUGCAUGUACACCCCAAGGAAGGAACCAACUGAAGCAGAUGUUCCUUCGUCCGAGCGUGGAACUUGACGUUAUCAACGAGCGGAAUUCCUUCAUUGGUGUGUAUCUUAGGACUGACAAUUUUAACCCUUUCGACAAAAUGGUCAAAGGCUUGAAGCAUAUUAAGAACCUCCAUUAUGUGAUGAUUAACCUUCGAAAGGGCAUCAGUACCGGAAGCGGGAAGAUUAUGGGAUUCAAGGCGACUGUGUGGGCUACUUUGCUGGCCGCGCUCCGUGCUUUUGAGGCAGCUCAACUGUACAAAGUCGGCAGAAUGAUACAAGAAACAAAGGUCGACAUUGAUAGCUCUGAGGAACAAGGCAGAACAGUUGUGAAGCCUGGAAUAGACAGGGACUUAGAUCGGAUUAAAGACAGAUAUGACGGCCUGAACAGCCUUUUGAAGCAGGUUGCGAUAGAGAUAGCAACUACCAUCCCCGAGAGUUACGAUAUAGAUGUCAAUGUCGUUUACUUCCCGCAACUCGGCUUCAACAUUGCAAUCCCACUGAAUAAUGCGCGAGACGCCGCUUACAGAGGCGCCGAAAAUGAGUGGGAGCUUAUGUUUUUCACAGAAAACAGAGCUUAUUUAAAGGACUUCAGGAUGAGGGAGAUGGAUGACAAAUUAGGUGACAUCUACGGGAUAAUCUGUGAGAGGGAGAUUGAGAUUGUUUACGACCUUGCACAAAGGGUACUUCAGUAUGAAGAAGUCCUUUUGGAGGCGUCAGAUAUAUGUGGGCAAAUAGACAGUCUACUUGCAAUGGCUCAUGCAGCUAGCUCCUACAAGUUGGUGCGACCUAAGAUGGUGCAAGAAGAUGUUAUCAAGAUCAAGGGUGGCAGACAUAUCCUACAAGAGCUGACAGUCUCGUCUUAUGUGCCCAAUGAUACCUAUCUAAUUGGCAGAAGAACACAGAGAGAGUCGGUGGAACCAAUCUGCACAACACUCAAGCCAUACGAGAAUGACUGUGAACCAAGCAUGCUACUACUUACAGGACCGAAUUACUCUGGGAAGAGCGUUUACAUGAAGCAGGUAGCUCUCAUCAUCUAUCUAGCGCAGGUGGGAAGCUUUGUCCCAGCUGAAAGCGCAGAACUUGGGAUCAUCGACAAAAUCUUGGUCAAGUCAAACACUCAAGAUAGCGUCUCCCAAAUACAAAGUACCUUCAUGAACGAUCUGCAGCAGCUAUCAUUUGACCUGAAGCAGGUAACCGGCCAUAGUCUGCUGUUGAUAGAUGAGUUCGGUAAAGGCACCAAUGAGUAUGAUGGAAUCGGACUGGCAUGCGGAGUCCUCGAGAACCUACUAAACCGUGAAGAUGCUCCCAAAGUCAUAGCGGCAACGCAUUUUCAUGAGAUUCUCGCAAACGGAUACCUCAAACCCAGACCGCAGUUACAGCUCGGCCACAUGGAAGUCCGAGUGCAUGAAGAACCCGGUGAAGCUGAAGAUCAAAUUACUUAUCUUUAUAAUUUUCGCCUAGGACGAAGCGAUCAAAGCUUUGGAACAAUAUGCGCUGCAAUGAACGGAAUCAGCCAGACUAUCGUCGAUCGAGCAAACGAAAUUGCCGCACUAUCUGCCCGUGGUGAAAAUCUGAUUGCCGCUUGCGCUGUGCUUUCGGCUCAAGAGACGCAGGCUCUGGAAGAUGCAGUAGGAUAUAUGCUAUCUGUUUGCUUCUGGUCCUCUGUUGAGAUUGCUAACGGGGUCUUGCUUGAAGGACAGAUUAGCAAGAGAGUUCCUGUCGUUGGAUCUGUCAGAGGCUUGUGA